AUGGGGAUGCUUUUAGCGCCGCGAGCGGACAUGAUUCACAGCAACGAUUCCUCAGAGUGCGGCGCCAAGCUCCAGUUCGCAGCGCCUGAUUACAGACCUCCAGCUGGCCGGUCGCGCCGUAGAAGCUUCAACGAGCCUUCGUUCGAAUCGUGGCGCGUCAGCAGGCCAAUCUCAGACUCUGCCGCCUGUCUCGUCGAGCCUGCCGCUUACGACCCCUCCUCUCGUGCGCCAUCCGCGUUGUCCUCUCCCGCAGCUUCUGGGUCGUCGUCGCCUGUCGCCGUUCCUCGCGCGAGCAGCAGCAGCAACAGUCACAGAAGCCCUCCUAGUGCCGCGGUCGCGUUCCCCACGUCUCUCUCGUCUCCUGUCGGCUCUCCGCAAUUCAGCUCCUUCCUCUCGUCACUCUCCCCGCACCCGCUUCAACUCAACCACCCUAAUCCGCUCAUCGUACCGCCGCUCCCCUCGAGGAGUAUUGACUUCACCGUGACCGACGGCGCGUCGCGGUCGUCUUUUGAGAGCUUCGGCUCGACGGCUGCUGACCCUCUGUCUCCCGUAUUCACCACGAGUGCCUCCCCCCCGUGCCCCUCCUCCCCCUCCUAUCACUGCGUUUUCCCCUCGCCGCCUCCCAGCCCGCCAUCCGAGCGCCAUGACCUUACCCCUUUUCUUUUCGAGAAUCCUCAAAAAACAACAAUUAGCCCAUCCCUCGAGCCAUACCAGCCUAGUAGCCCCUUCCAAAGCGCCCCGCAGAGUCCUCACGGACGGGGGAUAAGAUCCCUCGGGAGCUCGCCACGUGGUAGUUCCGCGCUGACUGCGGAGAGUGAGCGGCUCGGCGGAAGCUGUCGCUGGACCGGCGGGCCAUCCAAUCCCCCCACCUCUUCCGCCUCCCCGGCCGGCGUUUCUUCCGCCUCCGCGCGCAGGCGCUCGAUGCGCCACCUCCCGCCGCUCGCGCAGGAGCCCCCUUCCGCCGCCUCGUCGUUCGCCGUCGUCACCGCCACAGCGGCAUUGGCGGAAGCGCGGCGGCUGAAGCGCGCAUCGUCGUCGUCGUCAGGACUCGAGGGGAAGGGCGGGUUCUCUUUUCACCAUCCCGCCGCCACCCCCUCCUCGCCCCUAGCAGCCCCGUCCCAACGGCUAAGCAGCACCCAUCCCCGCUUCCACCGCCGGCACGGCUCCGCUUCGUCAUCCUCCGGCUCGGGAUUGUUACCCGCCUUGGGAUUGCCGACGCCGCCUCGCGACUCCGCCUCGCGGCCGGCCGCGGUGGUUACGGCGGCGGCCGACUCCGCGGAACCGCUUUCUCCGGAGAGCUCCCCCACGCCGUCCGCUUCCUCUAGGGGGUAUUCUCCCCGUUCCGCGCUCUCCUCCUUCGGAGCGAAACCUAUUCCCACGCGUCGCAGUGGCAGCGGCGGCGGCGGUGGCAGCAGCGAUAGCAGCCGCGGAAUUAUUAGCAGCGGCGCUAUUCGCGCGUUCGAUCCGUUGGACGAAGCGAGCUCGCCGCCAAACGCUCUCAGCGGCAACGGCGCCCUCUCGCUUUUCGAUGCGCCUUUAGCACAGCCCGUAGCGGGUGGCACGAGCCACGCCGUGUCGCACUUUCCCGUCGAUCGCGGCAGCGGCGUGAUGCGGGUCGGGCAAAGGGAGGACUCAUUAGUAGCCGCAGAAGAAUCGGAGCGCCGGGGCGCGAUCGAAACGCGUUACAGAAACGCGCUGAAUGAACCCCGCGGCACCGGCAGCGGCGGCGAGGCGCGAAAAAACCGGUUUCUGGGCGGUCCGCGCAAGUCGCGGACGUUCGACGUGCUUCCGCGGGGCGCGGGGGAGGAGAGCAACGGCGGUACUCCCGUAGCUUCUGGCCCAACGGGCUUGGGGACCCGUGCGGAUUCCAAGCAGCGACGGGACGGGCAUUCCAUGGGGGACGGGACGGCGGCGACGGCGUUCAAUGGGGGAGUCGAGGGCUUUAAGAGGAUCGAGGGAUCUGCGGAGAGAGUGAUUGGUGGAGCGGGACCGUGCGCUGCUGCGGGCGCGGCGGCGGACCGGUAUGCGCGGCAGGCGCGAGGAGCAGGGCUGCAGCUACGGCGGGGUAGCGCGGGGCUCGCGGUGCAGGUGGAAUCGACAAAUCAUCAUUCUCAGCAGCAGCAGCAGCAGCAGCAGCAGCAGCAGCAGCAGCAGCAGCAGGUGUAUGGGAGCGGGCAUGACGCGGCGGCGGAAAGGGGGGGCGAGCGGGGGAGGCGGCUACUCAAGACGGCGAGCAGCCGCCACCUGGAUCCCGCGCCGUCGCUCGCGUCGCCCGCGCUCCUCACGCCGCGCGAGCGCUGGCAGCUGCUCAAAAGCGGCAGCGGCAGGUGGGGCGGGCAGGGCGGCAGCGGGAGUACCAGCCGCGGUGGCAGCGGAAGCGGCAGGAAGGGGGAGGGGGAGGAAGCGGACGAUGAGCGCAGCAGAGAGAUUCCCCUGCUUUCCUCCCCUGGAGCGCUCCGCCCGUGCGUUCCCGCGCCAGCACAUUCCCCUACCGCCUUCCGCCGUCCGCCUCCCCGCUCUCCCCCCAGAAACCCCGCGAGCUGCGCGUCCCCUUGCGCCGCUGCUGGCGCCGCGGAAGAUGCAGCUGCAACGCCGCGCGCGCCCUGGCGUUUCACAAAGUCUAAGUCCGACUCGACAGACGGGCCCGCAAUAGCGGGGAUACACCUGUCCCCCUCCCCGCCGCUCUCCCCAGGCGCGCGCAGGCACGCGCUGGAGCUUCCCCCGUCGCCUCCCCGCGCCCCCGCGGCGCACAGGCACCUCGCCUCUCUCAAGCUCUCCCUCGCGUUCCUAGACGCGCUCGACAGCCCCCCCGCUGCUGACGUGGCGCUGGGCGGCGGUGGCAGCAGCAGCAGGGACGCGGCUCACGUGCAGUGCCAUGCUGACGCGGACUUGCGCUGUGCUGACGCGGGCUUGCGCUUUGCUGACGCGGACAGCGACGUGGGGGGUGGGAGGACUGGUCAGGUGGGUGGGCGACUGAAUGGUCGCAUGGGCGGCAGCAUGACGGAUAUGUACGGACACAUGGAGAGCGUGGGAGUGGCGCCAGAGAGGGAGGUGCGAGGACAGCAGGCAAUGCAGGAGCCACGGCUGCAGCAAUGGCAGCAACGGCCGCAGCGCUCAUUGGUGGGAGAUUCGGCCGCCGUCUUGCCACACGCACCACACUCAUCACAUGCAUCAUAUGCUCAUGGCUUCGAUGAUGCCAUGUCAGCGCACCGGCGAAGAUCCAUGGGAGGGGCUGCAGACGUGGAGAGCGGGAGCAGGAGAGGUGGCUUGUAUCAGGAGCAGGGCGAUGGUGACUAUAACGAGAGUAACGAUGCCUGGGAGCAGAAGGCAUUGCACGAGAGCAUGGGGUGGGGCCGGCGCGGGCAGCAGUGGCGCGGUUGGCGUGAGCUGAUCCGAAGCAGCAGCAGCGGGGGGCCCAGUGACAUCAGCAUGGGUGGGGACAGCAGUGGUGGCAGUGGGAGCAAAGGUGGCGGCGGUGGUGGUAGGAGUGAGAGGGAGAAUGAGAUGGAGGCCCUGCUGACGUCAUGCCACCUGCUGCGCCACUCUCUCGCCUCCUCUUCCCCCUCCUCCUCCACCCUCGCGGCCUUCCGCACUGCCCUCGCACAUGCUGAUGCUCACGCGAAUGCUCAUGCACGUGCGGGCGGCACGUUUGCUUGUGAAAACGCCACGAUGCUCAGCACCAGUAUCAACGCGCACGGUGACACUGAUACUGCUGCUGGUGGUGCAGCUGCAGCUGCUGCUUUUGCUGCUGCUGCUGCUGCGCCACCUGCUGCGGGGUCGUUAUCUGGCCCGCUCCCUCGCAUUGCUCGCUCCAGUAAGUACUGCAGCCAAGGCAGUCAAGGAAGUCAACGCGGCCGAGGAAGUCAAGCAAGUCAACGCGGCCAGAGAAGCGGCAGAAUGACCCGAGUCAAGUCUGGGUCAUGCACGAGCCCUCUGGACUAUGUUGCUGGACGAGGGGAGGAGGAGGGGGCGUUGGGUGGCGCGGGAAGAGUGGGCUUUGGGCGGCUGGGGUCGAGAGUUGGGUUCUCUCCCCGGAGAAAUGGGCUUGGGAUUGGUGGCGCUAGGAAUGGGAGGAAGUGGGAUGAGGAGGAGGAGGGGGAUGAGGAGGGGGAUGAGGAGGGGGAAGGGGGAGAGGAAGGGGGGUGGGAAGGCGAGGGCAUGUUCGGCCGCAUCCACACGUGUGUGGAGCGGAGCUCGCGCCGCACGUACGCGUGCAAGUCCAUCUCGAAGAAGAAGCUGCAGUGCUUGGAGGACGCAGGGGAUGUGCGGCAGGAGGUGGUGAUGCUGCAUAUGCUCAAGGGCCACCCGCACAUCAUUGGUCUGAAGGAAGUCCUGGAAGAUCCCAAGUCCAUCCAUCUCAUCAUGGAUCUCUGUUCGGGCGGCGAUCUAUUCGACGCAGUCAAGGCCAGAAAGCACCUCCCCGAGCCGCUAGCGGCGCGGCUGCUGCAGCAGCUGGUGGGAGCGCUGCUGCACUGCCACGCCACGGGCAUCGUGCACCGCGACGUGAAGCCCGAAAACAUCCUCCUCGUCUCCUCGUCCUCCGCUGCCGCGCGCCGCACGGCCAGCAUGGGGAGCGGGGUCAUGAGCGCGAUGAGCUCAGCAGGUGGAGGAGGAGAGGGGAGCCACGGCAAUCAGCUGGGUGAUGAGGACGUUGCCGAUCACCUGGGUUCACUGCGGAACAGAGGAGCCACGGUGGGGGGCACAGGCAGCACGGGAUCGUUUCUUGACGGAGGGGAGUGCGAUCUGCACAUCAAGCUCAUCGACUUUGGCGUGGCUGCGUUCCUCGAUCAUGACGGCAUGUGCAGGCACACGGCGGGCACGACAGAGUACAUGGCACCAGAGGUGCUCUCAGGCGGGCGCUACUCCCCACAGGUGGACGUGUGGAGUGCGGGGGUGGUGCUCUUCGUCAUGCUCUCAGGGGUGCUCCCCUUCUGGCCGUCCCACCGUGAGGGGCGCUCCACAGAAGAUGCCGUGCUGCGCCAGCCGCUGCGGUUCGGGCAUUUCCGGUGGGCGGCGGUGUCCGGGGCGGCAAAGGACCUGGUGGCGAGGAUGCUGACGAGGGACCCUGACAAGAGGAUUUCCGCCUUGCAAGUGCUUGGUGAGUGGUAUAGUCGGUGA